CCUCCACCGAACUCGACGUCUCUCUCCCUCUCAUCUCCCUUUCUGGCUCUUCUUGCCUUCUCGCGCUCGCCUCCGUGUCGUGUCGGCUCGCUCUCACGUGAGAAGAGAUCGAGGAGGUAGUGGACUCGGGGUGGUUGUGGCGUCGGCGGCGAGCGGCGGGGGGCUAGGGUUUCCUGGUUCGGAUCCGCGCCCUGGCCCAUGGGAUCCGAAGGCUUUGCGGCCGCGGCGGCCGCUUGCCCCUCCGCCGCCGAGGCCUUCCUCAAGUACUAUGGUAUCGUAUCAGGAGGUACAAGUGUGGAGACAAGACAGGGAUUGGUUGAGCUUUCACUAGCUAUAGAUGGAAUUGAAGGAAUGAGGGAUGUGAUUUUUGCUGAUAUCCCAAAGCUCAUUCCAUUUAUUGAUUUGGAGGAUAUGACCCUAUUCAGUUGCUUCUACGAUUUUGUCUUCUUCAUCUGUCGUGAAAAGGGGCAAAAGAGUAUCACUAUUCAGAGAGCUGUGGCAGCAUGGAAGAUUGUUCUGAACGGAAGGUUCCGUUUGCUUGAUCGAUGGUGUAACUUCGUUGAGAAGUACCAACGCCACAACAUAUCCGAGGAUACUUGGCAGCAGCUGCUAGCUUUCAGCAGAUGUGUAAAUGAAGAUCUGGAAGGUUAUGACCCACGAGGUGCUUGGCCUGUUCUGAUUGAUGAUUUUGUGGAGCAAAUGCACAGAAUUUAUCACUCUACUGACUGCAGCAGUGCGAUGGAAGCACAGUGUAGCAUUUCAAGUACAUUUAAAGGACUGGAUCCUCUACCUGGAUCAAAGAGGAAAUGUCCUCACUUCAAGUCCAAUGAAGAGGAUGUAGAACUCUCGGAUAGUUUUACACGCUCCGUCCAUCUUACACCAAUAAAGCGACUCAAGGAAAGUCACGACGCUAGAUAUGGAGUGGGGGAAUCCCACAAAGUUAUCCAUUUUUCUAGUAGCUCCUCAGAUUACCACGAGGAGACGCAUUUACACAACUCAAGAGGUUGUCUUCAGAACUCCCCUUGUAAUGUUGAGGAUGCCCUGUCGAAAGGGUUUGAGGGUUGUAUUUCGAUGAAAUGCCCUUUUUGAUGUAACCAGGAAUGAAUAGGUUAGUCAUUCUUGUGGCAGCCCAGAAAACAUUCCCACUAGCUCCAAAAUCAUCUUGUGUAUUUAGUCCUUUUUUCUUGAGAGGUCAUAUAUCCGAUUGUGCCUGAAUGAUGAUGAUCUGUAACCCGCAACGGAGUAUAUGCAAUUCACGUCCAUUGCCAUUGAAUGUAUUUUUUAAAAAAUGUUUUUAAA